AGCGCGCGGGAAAGAGUCCAGUAUAAACUGUGCCGGGAGAUUCGUUUUCCUAUUCUUGUCCAGUGAAAUACCUUUUGCUGGAAAGUCAGUUGGUUGUUCUCAUCACCUCGCAUUCGAACAUGGUGCGGACUAAAGCAGGCAGUGUCCCAGGCACCUAUAGAAAAGUGGUGGCUUCUCGGGCCCCCAGGAAGGUGCUUGGUUCCUCCACCUCUGCUACUAAUUCCACGUCGCCUUCAUCGAGGAAAGAGUACGUCCUUUGCCACCUGACGACACAGAUGACGAAAAAGAAUAGAACUUUCUCAUUCAUCCUUGACUAAGGUCUCCUGUUUGCUCUGGUGUUCUGGGAUGUAAAUUUGCAUAAAUGUGUGUGUUCCAGUUAUCUUUGUUGAGUUGACAUUUAAUUUAAAAACAUGAGGGUUACAUAUAAUUAUUCAAAAGCAAGUAGUUAUGAUAUUGCAAGGUUUAUGAGAUAAUUAUUCUCAUAUAUUAGUGUUCAAUGUAAUGCAGAAUUUGGUUUCUUUUACCUGUUUUUAAGCUUCUCAUUCUUGCUAAAAAGAAAUCAUUGCAUUUUGUAUACAACAAAUCUGCUGUAUUUGAGAUUGCUUAGAUUUUUGUAUUACUGCCAUUUUUAUUGGCAUUAGAUUUUUUUGGAAUGGUGCCAUGUUUUUGUUCCUUUUAUUUGAUUUAAAAAGCAGAGUUAGAUUUCUGCACACUUUAAAAAAUCAGUAUUAAUUAAACUGCACCUAUAUGCUUUUUAAGAAUGGGGGCCAAAGAUGCAAUGUUGAAAAAAUUUGAUGACUGUCUGUCUUCUCUUUAGAAAUAUAUAAGGGAAAUUUGAUAUUGAGGAUUUCAGGCAGGAAGAUUUCAUAGACUACAUUAAACAAGAAGAAUUUUCAUAGAAUAUGCAUUUGAUUCGGUAUCAUAGAAUAUUACCCUUUCAAAAUCAAUAAAACAUGAAAGGCAAAUCAUGCAAUAAACCCAGAGCUAUGUCUAAAGUUCUUAGAGCUACCAUUAUAUUUUUCAAGAUAACUGAAGAG